AUGCCUCAUGCUCACCCGCAUUCGCUGUGCUCGCUCUUGCUUGCUCUCUUCUCCCUUCCCUCUCACACGCCCGCCUCCCCCUCCGCGAUGCGAUGCGAUGCGGUGCGGUGCGGUGCGAUGCGAUGUGAUGUGCUGUGCCUCGUGUUCAUCCCCCUUCCCUCCAUCGUUAUUGCACCCACCCCACCUUCCUACUCCCUCCUUCCCAACUCCUCCUCCAUGCUCCCCCCAGCCUCCGUCGUGUGGCUAAUGAAGACCAACGUCCUUCCUGAAGGCACCACCACACAUGAUGCCAACAUUCUUCCUGAAGCCACGCCCUCGGUGCUCAGCCAGGUGUUGUCAGGUGGGGUUCAGGUGUUGUCAGGUGGGGUUCAGGUGUUGUCAGGUGGGGUUCAGGUGUUGUCAGGUGGGGUUCAGGUGUUGUCAGGUGGGGUUCAGGUGUUGUCAGGUGGGGUUCAGGUGUUGUCAGGUGGGGUUCGGGUGUUGUCAGGUGGGGUUCAGGUGUUGUCAGGUGGGGUUCAGGUGUUGUCAGGUGGGGUUCAGGUGUUGUCAGGUGGGGUUCAGGUGUUGUCAGGUGGGGUUCAGGUGUUGUCAGGUGGGGUUCAGGUGUCUAAUCAUCUGUGGUUCAAAUGUCCAGUGGCCUUCCAAGCGCUCGUCCCCCGCUUCCUCACGAUCAGAGUCGCCUCUACUCUCGCCGUGCCUCAUCAUGUUUUGACUCUCUAUGUCAUGUUGCACCCCCCUACCCACCCCUUCCAUCCCUCCACAUCGCCUUCCAUUCCAAGUGCUCAUCCCCGCUUCCUCACGCCCAAAGUGGCCUUCCAAGCGCUCAUCCCGUGCUUCCUCAUGACCAAGGUCGCCUCUACUCUCGCUGUGCAACCACUCACCUCGCUCGCUGCCCUGCCCUUACUUGCUGUAAUUCAGGUGUGUUGCACCCCUCUGCACUCCUCUUUACUCCACUCCUCUCCACUCCUCUUUACUCCACUCCUCUCCACUCCUCUUCACUCCACUCCUCUGUAUUCCAACCCGCUUUACUCCUGUCCUAUCCACUCCUCUUCUCUCCUCUGCUCUCCACCCCUCUCCACUCCACUCGUCUCCAUUUCACUCCUCUCCACCCCACUCCACUCCACCUCUAUCCUCUGUGGAGCAGCGCCAGGCAAGCUAGCCUGCACCAUAGCCUACCGCCGUCCCUCCUCGCUCUCCUCCCUCAUCUCUGCCAUCCUCUGUGGAGCAGCGCUAGGCAAGCUAGCCUGCACAAUCGCCUACCGCCGUCCCUCCUCGCUCUCCUCACUCCCCUCCCCUCCUGCCGCCCGCCACAUCGCCUUCUCCGUCGCUCAGAGCCUCGGCCUCUCCCCCUCUGCUGCCGCCCUCCUCUCUGGCCUCCCCCCUCCGAAGCGGGAGGGGGCGGUGGAGGGGAAGGUGGGCGGUGGGAAGGCGGCGCCUGGGCGGGGAGUUUUGUCUUCACCUGGGAUGGUUGGGGCGGCGGAGCGGGCGGCGGGGAGGAAGGAGGCAGUGGUGAUGUCAGCAUGUGCGUUUGGAAACUCGCUCACUCUGCCUCUGGUGUUUCUGGCAACGCUGCUGACUCGCGCUGAUGCUGACAGGGCUGCUGGGUACCUUGCACUCUUCAUGCUGGUCCCCCACCUUCUGGAAUCCGGGCUACAGCAUGCUCACACGACAUCGCCUUUGCUUCCCACCGACCCACUCACAGGGGGCGGUGCUGCUGCUGCUGCCACUCCUUGUCCCACCCCCCUCCCUCCCCAUUCUAGCUGCUGGUCCCCCACCUUCUGGACUCUGGGCUACAGCAUGUUCACAGGGGGGGAUAACAAGCAGGAGGAGGGUGAGCGGGCGGGGGAAGACAUGUUCACACACCACCGCUGUUUCUCCCCCUCCUUCCCCUCUUUCUCCCCCUCCUUCCCCUCUUUCUCCCCCUCCUUCCCCUCUUUCUCCCCCUCCUUCCCCUCUUUUUCCCCCUCCUUCCCCUCUUUUUCCCCUCCUCCCUCUUCCAGCUGGUCGCCCACCUUCUGGACCCUGGGCUACGGCAUGUUCACAGGGGGGGAUAACAAGCAGGAGGAGGGUGAGCGGGCGGGUGAAGAGGCGAGUGCAGCAGCAGCAGCAGCAGCAGAAGCAGCAGUGAUGGGAGUGACAGGGUUUGAACGUGCUGUCAGCCGUGUGAUGGCGGUGGUUCAGAAAGUGCUCAAUCCACCUAUUUAUGGGGUGCUAGCAGGUCUGCUAAUAGGAGCCACCCCUCUUUCUCACUUCUUCCUCCCCGCCUCCUCCUCCUCUGCUGCUGCUGCCGCCUCCCUCCCAGCCUCCGCCUCACCAUGGCUCUUCAGCCCUGCCACUGCCGGCAUUCUGCAUGGCAUCAUGGAGGUGAGCUUUGGGGUGGGUGGGGUAGGCAAGGCAUGCGGCAUGCGAUGCCCGCAUUGGCAGGUCCUGUGGCUCUUCAACCCUGCCACUGCUGGCAUCCUGCACGGCCUCAUGGAGGUGAGCGAUGGAAGGAGGAGAGGCAUGUGGCAUGUUGACGAACCACUCUCAGUCCUGCCACUGUUAGCAUGGCUCUUCAACCCUGCCACUGCUGGCAUCCUGCACGGCCUCAUGGAGGUGAGCGAUGGAAGGAGGAGAGGCAUGUGGCAUGUUGACGAACCACUCUCAGUCCUGCCACUGCUCAGCAUGGCUCUUCAACCCUGCCACUGCUGGCAUCCUGCACGGCAUCAUGGAGGUGGUGGGGGCAGGCGAGGCAAGGCAAGGCAUGCGGGUUGGAGGCAUGCAUCAUACGGCAUAGAGGCAGCAGCUAUUCUUGGGUCAGCCUGUGUGGCCGUGCAAGCAGUCGUGCUUGCGUCCUCUCUCGCCUCCUCCAUCCCCUCCCGCAUCUCCCUCUCCUGGCCCAAACCCUCCUCCUCCCCUUCCUCCACUCCCUCCCCCUCUCCAUCCUCCUCCUCACCAUCUCAUCCCUCCUCUCCCACCUCUGCUGCUACAGCAGCAUCUGUGUCAGCAGCAAUCGAACAGCUGCUGCCACCAGCAGCCAACACCCAAGUCACGUCGCUAGCGACAAUCCCAACACCAGGCAGCACUCCCUCAUCUCUCGUGCUGUUCAAUCCGAACCAACUCCCGGCCCUCUCAGGCCUGGGCAUGAGAGAAAUAAGGGUGGAAUCUCGCUCCUCCGUCACUUUACCUGGUGUUGGUGCUGCUGCUGCGGGUGGAAUUGGAGGAGGUGGGGGUGGGGGUGGUGGAAACGGUAGCAUGGAAUUGCAAGCAACAGGCAGGAGCGCUUCAUCUGCUUCUCCCUCCUCCUCUGCUGCGCUGCCCUCCUUGCUGGAUGAUAGGGCGCUCUGGGUGGUGUGUGCUGUGCGCCUGCUGCUGCUGCCCAUGCUUGGGACCAUUGGAAUCAUGGCGCUGUACAACGCCAGGCUGAUUCCCCAAGACCCCAUCUGUGCUCUCACCCUCAUGAUCCAAACCGCCAUGCCGUCAGCACAGAAUCUCGUGCUCAUGUCGCAGCUCAGCCCCGCCACCAAGCCUCUGGCGGGAAUGCUGGCCUCGCUCAUGCUGCGACAGUACGCCAUAUCCAUGCUUCCAAUCACAGUGUGGAUCACAGUCUUCCUACUGCAACCCACAUGCUGUUCAACCCCACCCUCCCCCCAUGCCUCCCUCUCCCCCGCUACACCUCCCCUCCGUCCCCUGCAGUACGCCAUAUCCAUGCUCCCAAUCACAGUGUGGAUCACAGUCUUCCUCUCACGCCUCAACAUGGCCAUAUGA